AGUAAAUAUAUUAUUAUUAAAUAUUAAUAAUUCAUCAAAUGAUUAAUCAGUUGGAAAUUUAAUUAAUAGCAACAGUCGAUUGGACAAAUCAUAGGUUAGGUUAGGUUAAAUCAAAAUAAUAAUUUUUCAAAUAAAAAUCAUAAAUUUAUUGUAAUUAAAGUAUUGCAAGAAUUAACUAUUAAAUAACUGAUGAUUCACUUCUUUAAAAUUGAAUAAUUGUCAUGAAAUAAAUUUGUAAACAAUUAUUUCAUAAACAAAGUAUAUAAAAAUAAGAAUGAAUCUGAUGACUUGUCAAAUACUAUGCUUUUACGGUAGGAAUUUAGGACAGAGGUGAAAGUUUUGAAACGUCAUACGUUUCUGAAUACUUGGCCGACUUGACCAUGUAAUUAUUUAGAUGGUGGUUGUCGAUCAGUACUGCUUUCUGUUUUCGUUAAAUGCAGAUCAGUGACGUUUAUGAGAAUCAAAAAUUAUAAUGGCUUUAAAUAAUUCAAUUUCAAGAGUUGUUCGGAAGAGUAGUGCUCUGUCAGUGAAGUUAUGUGAAAAGUAUUCUGUAUUAUGCAGCAUAAAUAGAAAUAACUUUUCAUCAAGAUUGGAAAUACACGACAAAAAUUCAAGAUGUUAUGGAACUAAAGUAGCAGCGAACCAAAGACCUGAUUGGAAUAGAGCAGUUUCAGAAGCUGAAAAAAUUGUGGGCUAUCCAACUUCUUUCCUCAACUUGAGAUGGCUUUUAAGUGAUGAGAUUGCUAAUGUAGCUCUUCAUUUAAGAAAACUUGUUGGAUCCAAUCAUCCUCUUUUGAAAACUGCAAAGAGUUUGAUUUAUAAUGGCCGAAAUAAUAUGCAAGCAUGGGGUCUCAUAGUAUUAUUAAUCUCCAAAGCUGCUGGUCAUCGUAAUGUUGAUGACAUGGAAGAAGAUAAAGCAGCUGGAGUUUUACACAGCCAACGAGCUCUAGCUGAAGUUACUGAGAUGAUCAGAACGAGUCACUUAGUUCAUAAAGGUUUGGUCAAUAUCCAACCUGGUGUUUAUCCAGAGGCUGCAGAAUUAAAUGACAUGAUGUUUGGCAACAAAAUUGCUCUUUUAAGUGGAGAUUAUCUUCUGGCAAAUAGCAGUGCUGAACUAGCUGGCCUAAGAAACCAAAAUGUAGUAGAGCUUAUGUCAAGUGCAGUACGAGAUUUAGCUGAAGCUGAAUUCGUUGGUAGAAGAGAUAGACAAAAUAACCCUGUGCCUCCAGUACCACCUCCAGAUCGAACGGGGUAUGCUGUUAGAGAGUGGACGUUGCAAAACGUUUUAAGUGCUGGUGCGUUGUUGGGAAAAUCAUGCCAAGGAUCGCUGAAGCUUGCUGGUCAUAAUGAAGAGAUGCAAAAUUAUGGAUAUAAAUUUGGAAAACAUUUAGCUCUUGCUUGGCAGGCUUGUUUAGAUUUAAGCCCGCUUAUUGGCAAAGAUCCUCAAAUACCUUUUAAUUUAUAUUCUGCACCAGUCAUGUUUCAUAUUGAGCAUGAUCCAUCGAUUCUGGAAGAGAUUGAUAAAGGAUUGGAGUCUGUACAUAAUGUAGAUUAUGCCAAGGUCUAUGACAUUGUUGUCAAGGGUCCAGGAAUCGAGUUGACGAAGCAGUUGCAAAAAGACCAUUCGCAAAAAGCAAUGGAUGUGUUAAGUGUCUUCCAAGAUAGUGACGCAAGAACAGCACUGUCAAAUAUUAUUGCUGCUAUGGGGGAUUUUUAAUGAGAUAUAUAGUUGAAUUUUAAUGUAAUGUGAGUAUUGAAAAUAUUCUAAUUUUUUUAUGAUUAAAUAUUUUUUAUAAUUUUAUAUAAAUGAUCGUUAAAAAUAUUGAAUCAAUUUUAUACAU